AUGAAUGCUAAGACAUUUGCUCUUAAAGCUGCAGAAGAAGAGAAGCUUGUUGAAUCGCAGGAGCUUGAAGAUGAAGAGAAGGUUGGUCUGUUGGUUAAGAAGUAUUUUCGCAAGAUGGAAAGAGGUCAGCGGAAGGGAACUUCAUCACUUGCAAGUGCAGAUUCUGCCAAGGGCUUCAAGAAGAAUGAUAAGUCAGAACGUCAGUGUGCUGAGUGUGAAGGAUAUGGUCAUUACAAGGCUGAGUGUCCAAACAACAAACGGAAGCACUCUCUACAAUGCUAUGGAUGCAAGGGUUUUGGUCAUACCAAGACUGAUUGUCCCUCCCAAGGAAGUAAUCAGAAGUCCUACAUCACAUGGAGUGAAAGUGAUUCUGAUGAAGAAGAUAACAAAGGUGAAAUUCUGAACAACUUUGUGGCUCUGCUGGGAGUAAUCAAGGAAGAUGAAGAAGAUGAAGUUCUGCUGUUGAAAGAAGACAUUGACAAGACAAUCGAGUCGGACUCAGAUGGGGAAGAGGUCGGCUUGUCGAUGGAAGAUCAGAUAAGUCUUCUUAUUCAGACUAUUGUGCAAAAGACUCAAGAUAACAGUGAGUUGUCUGCCGAAAGAGAUAAGCUUCAGAUGAACAUUGCAUUGUUGGCUAAGGAACUAAGUGAAGAAAAAGCCAAGUCUCUGCAUCUUGAGAAGAAAUUGGAAGAACAGCUGAAGAGCAUCAGGAUGCGGAGUAAAGGAACUAAAGAUCUGGACUUCUUGCUCAGUACUGGACAAUCAAGCACUGCAAAGUGGGGUCUGGGUUAUCAGGGAAUCAGCUCUGAAAAGUCCACACAGUUUGUUAAAGGGCAGAACCCUGAACCAAAACUCAAAGCACAACCUAUUGCACCAAACAAACAUCAUAAUCAGAUCCCUAAGGUAAAUCUGCAUUACAGGCAGAUGUUUGUGCAGCGUGAGGUACCAAUGAGGCAAACGUAUGGUCAACAGAGCUAUCCCCAGGCUGCUCAGCGACCUAAUGGUAGCUUCUACCCAGCUGUUAGAAGAGUUCAGCAAGGGUAUGUCACAAAAGAUGAUAUAUACUGUCAUGUUGCAUACACAGCAGAUAGAACUGAAGUUGAUCAUUCCAAGUGGUAUUUUGACAGCGGAUGUUCCAGACAUAUGACAGGGUCUCUCGACAAUUUGUCUCACAUAGAAGAUGUUGGUGUUGGAAGAGUAACGUUUGGAGAUGGAGCAAAGGGGACAAUUCGAGGAAAGGGUACAACUAGUGGUGACACUCAACCCCAGCUGAAUGAUGUGUUCCUGGUAGAUGGAUUGAAGGCUAAUCUGAUCAGUGUCAGUCAAUUGUGUGAUGAGGGCUUAGAUGUUACUUUCACCAGGAAGGACUGCAAAGCUGUUGAUCAACAAGGGUCUGUCAGACUCAGAGGUAAGCGAUCUGGGAAUAAUUGCUAUAUGUGGAAAUAA